AUGGCGACUUCUCGUGUGCUGGCCUUGAUGGCACAGGAGGAGAAGGAGCACUUAGUGGAGCCCUGUGAAGUGGAGGCACCGGGCAAGCCUUGGCUGGGACGGCUCAGUAGACUAGGAGCCUUUCUGGUGGCUGGUCUCGUGCUGUUGGCCAUUGUGCCGCUGCCAGGCGGCCUCCACGAUUGGUUGGAAGGUCUGCAAGAUCCCAAUCUGCGGAGCCUACAAAUCGAACUGCAAGCAGCUGGUCUGCCGCUGCCCUUCGAACAGAAAUCGCACAUUAGCUCUGAAGCUGGUAGCGUCCUUUGCGUGGUGGACGUGGCUCAGUCCGUUGGGCGCAUCAUGGGCAUUGCUACGAGCAUCAAGGGUGCCACCGUGAACUGCGAUUACAAGCGCAUCGAGCGGGAGGAGAAGCGGCCCGUGACCAAGGAUGAGAGGCAGCGCUGCGCGGUGACCAUCAUCGGUGUUUUGGUGAACACAGCCUUGGGCAUCGGUGCCAUGUCAUCUUCCAUCUCCACGUGUGCGGGCUCCGUCAAUGUCCCGGCGAACUGCGCUGCCAACAUCAACGCAUUCAUUGGCAAUGCUUUGGUGCUGGUGGCAACUGCCAUGGCGGCGGAUUUGUCCUGUCCCGAAGAUCCCCUGCCGGAUCGGAUCGAAGCAAAAGCCAAGGAGAUCGCGGAUGCAAAGGAAGAAGCUGCUCGGGAGGUCAACGACUGGUUGAAGGAGCACGGCCAGGACUACAAGGUGCUGCCACCCAGCCCGGCCGUGCCCAAAGACGUGGUUUACACCAACAUCGCAAGAUGCGUUGGCUCCUUAGACCUAGCUGUGACGUUUGUCAUGAAGUCGGCUGUGAUCAUCGCAGACAGCACUGUGGACUGUUCUGAAGAGGAGCUCAUCGAUGAGGACGACAAGCGUGUUUGCGCAAUCAACAUCAUCGGCUUGAUGGGCACGUUGAGCCUGGCCACGCGCUUUUUUUGCCUUGGCCCCGCCUCCAAUAGCUGUGUGGCCAUUGUGGGAGAUUCUACACCCCGAGCGGCCUGUGCAGCGGACAUCGCUGGCAUCAAUGCAGGCGAUCCUGUGGCCAAUCCUGGCCAAUCCCGAGCGCAUUCCUCCCGUAGCUGUGGGCCCUUUCUGAGAGCCGAGCCCAGAGGUUUCGUUCGUUUCACGUGUCCAUCACUGGACCAUGCGAGCUUUACGCGCGGGCUUGACCAAGUGAGUGACCCUGAGGCUGACACGGGGGCCGAGCUGCGGGCGUUCCUGGCGACUCCCGACCUGGCCCCAGGGCCAGUUGGUGCCGACACCGAGCCGUGCAAGAUAACCUGGGCUUCCGAGCCCAGGUUCUCGCGCAAGAAGGGGAAGAAAGCUGCGCGAGACGAUCAGGAUCUUCGCUCCUUGGCUGCACGAAACCCACCGUUCAAGGAGUUUUCGGCGACCGAGGUGGGGAAUGGGAUUUUCCUGGGCUCCUUCCUGGCGCCCUGGCAUUUUCUGCCAGUCUUCCUGGAUUCGAAGAUCGCGGCGGACCCCGCGCUUCCAGGACUCACCCAAGCGACUUUGCCGAUCACCACCACUGCCAUUUUUGCGGGAUGGCUGGUAGGCUCCUGUUUGCUGAAUCGAGCCUGGGUGGAACACGUGGCGUGGAGCCUGGUCUGGGCUCUGGCCGUGGGCAGGAGAAAGGUUUCCGUGCUGCUCAAAUUCUUCGUCUCCGCCACCGCAGGAAGCCUGGUGGUUUUCACCCUUUUGAGGUUUGUGCACGGGCUCUUUUUGAACCAGACUGGUCUGAUCAUUGUUCAUCUGCAAGAACAGAUGCCACUACACCUGCGGAGCCAGGUCUUGGUGAUCAACAACUGCUUCUACAGUCUGGUUCUCAUCUCGUUGGCUUUUGCCUGCGGGCACCUCACCGACCUCGAUUGGCGCAUCGAAGCCAUGGUCUGGUACGGCCUACCAAUGGUGCUUGGACUUUUCAUUGCUUUUCCCAAUUGGAUGGAAGUCUUGGCAUCGGUGCCGCAACGUGCCUGCAGACUCUUUGAGCUGAAAGGCAGUAUCUUGGCUUGUUCUGCCUCCAAUGCCGAGUCGGAACUGUCACCUGUGGAGCUCCAACAGGGAUUCUUCAGUUCAGUGGGUUUCUUCGCGUGUGGUUGUGGCUUCUAUGGCUUGAGCUACUCUGCUGGUCAGAUUUCCACUGACCCCUACAUGUGCACCAUACUACUGAGCGCGGCGGAUAUCCUGGGCUAUGUGGCAUGCUUGAGCGCCAAUUCCUGGGGUCGCAGCCGGGUCCAGGCGGGUGGCUUCUUCUUGGCGGCGCUUUGUCUCUUCCUUUGCAGCACAGGAGAGCGUGGAAGCUCGUUCGUCAUCUCGUUUGCGGUUCUGGGCCGCCUCUGCUUGGAUGCGUGCUUCACCUUAGCCGCCCGACCGGGCACGGCGUUUGACGCCCUCCGCGACGCGGUGUGGUCCCGAAGUGAUGGGUGUGCUGUCCUUAGGAGUAGAGCGAUGCUCCGACAAACAUGUCGAGCUCCGGAGCUGGUGCGGGCGAUCUAUGAAACUGAGGUCUACGUGGGCUUGGUGGAGAUCUUCUCCGAGUCAGCUCAGAAGAAGGUCCUCCCAGCCUGCAGCUCGGCGCUACCAAAGAUUUUCGGCUGGAAGACCUCGGCCAUCAUCUUGAAGCACCAGACCACAGCGAACCACCAACCUCACUGCAAUUAUGGCUUUUUCGAGGAUCGUCAAACAGAGGCGCUUCGCCUCUUUCGGAGCGAGAUCACGGCUCGGCUGGGCGGAGUCGUGGCGCCCUACUGUGGCACCUUGCCCGCCUUCAUCAGCUGUCCGAUCUUCGGGGCCAUCUGCCUGCUGGGCACUUGGGCCACGCUGCAGCAAGGUGAUGCUGUCCGUCGAGAGCCCGGCCGGACCGCCUGGGUGGGAUGGUCCAAAAGCAACGAACAUGGACGCACCAUUGGUGCGACCCUUUCGUUUCUCCUCGCAGUCUCCGCCCGGAUCUUCGCCCCAUUGAGCUUAGACCGACCACCGAAUCUGCACGGGGACCAUCCGCGGCAUCAGGGGCUGAAGAGCUGGGAGAAGAGCGAGAGCUGGUACUGCACGCAUCGGAGCGAUGAGAAAGGCGUCUACGCGACCGUGGCGCCGGCCAUGAACUUGCAGGCCUCCUGUGAAGAUGCGUUUGACACCUGGAGCCCGGACGAGUGGCCCAUCCACAAGGAGCUUCGGCAGAGUGCCACCAAGCAGGCAGAGUUGGUGCGACAGUGUCGAAGGAAUUAG